CGAUAGAACACCUCCUUGGCUAUAAGCAGCUAUAAGCCCCUUAUUACAUCAAAGAUAAACAUAUUUUCAAUAAGAGAUCGAUCAAAACUUCUCAGUUAUCCUAUUCACUCUUUUCGACUUUUUCAUAAAACAAAUUUGCUUACUUGCCUGUUAUCUGAAUCAUCAACUCAACAAACAAUGGAAAAGUCUGAUCCAAAACCUGAUAAGCUUGCAUUCACAGAUGAAGAAAUUGUCGCUUUGAAGGGCUUUUGGACCCACCUUUUUGAUUUGUUGGAUUUGAAUUCAACAAACAGACCUGCUGACUCACCCAUUAACAAUGAAAUGAAAGAACUGAUUUCGAAACAUGGACCAGAGCGAUAUGCUGAAGCGCUUUGGAGGUUUACUAUGCUCGAUGAUCCAGACUACACCGUCAUCAGAUUUAUACGUGCUCGAAAGUUGAAUGUUAAGGAUUCUGUCAAGAUGUUUAUCGAGUGUUUGAAAUGGAGAAUCGAAUCUGAUAUAGAUGGACUGAUGGCGAAAGGUGCUCAUGGAAUCAUCAACCAAGAAGGUUAUGAUGGUGCAGCUUUCUUGCUUCAGAUCACAUCUGGCAAAACCUUUGUACAAGGAUUUAGCAAGAUCGACGGUCCUGUCUCUUAUAUAUUUCCUCGUCUUCACAAAACCUCCGAUCAGAGUGUAGAGGUGAUGACAGAUUUCAUCAACUAUGCUAUGGAAAAUGUACGCAUGUUCACUACCAACCUUCGUGCGAAGAAAAUCGCUAUCUUUGAUCUGAAAGGCUUUGGACUUGCUAACAUGGAUUGGAAGGCUGUGAUUUAUUUCAACAAAUGUCUCGAGGCUUAUUACCCUGAGUCCUUGAAACUCUUGAUCAUCCACAACGCUCCAUGGGUCUUUCAUGGAGUUUGGAAAGUCUUGGCUCCGAUGCUUGAUCCUAUUGUACGCUCGAAGAUCGUCUUUUCCAAGUCUAGUCAAGACUUGCUGAUGCAUAUCGACAAACGUUACCUACUCAAAGAAUUUGGAGGAGAGUCUACCUGGGUACCAUAUCAUCGUGAUUCCUCACCUUCUCAAGAAUUAGAUCAAACUAAGAAAGAAGAAUUAUUAAAUGAGAGAAAGGAGCUGGUAGCAAAGUACAUAGAAUUGACUAAUCAAUGGACAGAUCAAGGUUCUACCACAGAGGCUGAAUUAAGAAGCUUUCUUGCCUUGAUGAUGAGAGCUCAAGGUCUCUUACUAGAUCCAUAUCUUCGCGCUAAGACUUUCUACCAUCAUGAAGGAAACCUGUUACCGACUGGUCUUGUCGGGUUUUGCUCAGAGGCAGAACACACAGAUUGGGAGUAUAGGGGACAGGCAUGGUCUAGAGAAGAACUCUUAGCAAAGCUUGAAGAUAUGAAGACUAAGUUUAUUGGAAAUGGAGUUGAAUAUCCUAUCUUUAACCUAAAAUGAUCGAAAAUUGCUUUGCAUGGGUUAGCCUCUGGAUUGAUGAAGUUUGCUGUAAGAAGGUUUUGGCUUUGUCAUUCAACUUGUAUAGAAUUUGUUUCAUUUUCUAUCAUUUCUCAUUUCUCUAUCAUAUGCUUGUUGCUGAAGGAUUUGUUCGUUCUUAACAUUCGUUUUGUCAAACUUGUGUAAUUGAAUUGUCACAUUGGAAACUUGUUUGAAGAUCC